AUGAAGGCGAAAACGCUCGAUGAGGCAAUAAUUGAGCGUUCUAUCGAGUUUUCCGCUAGAGUUUAUUCAAUUCAAGAAGCUGAUCAAUAUGUUAAGCUGAGGAUAUUGCGCCAUGGACCAACUGAUACGUCGGUCACUUUUCGAUAUACCACAAAAAAUGGUGCGGCAAAAAAAGAUCUUCAUUUCUUGCAAAAAUCGGAAACGGAACGCUUUUCGCCUGGUGAAUCUAUCAAAGAGAUUUAUAUUGGAUUGAUUGCAGAAGCUUCAUGGCGGGCUGAACACGUUUUCUACGUGCAAUUAAGGAUUGAAUCGAAUGAGAAUAGCGAAAAUAAAACAGUCCUCGGCAAAAUUAGUGUCGCGAGUGUUCGCAAACCAGAUCUUUCAUCAAGUUUCAUUGGCGAACCAAUGGUGCAAUUUGUACAGCGUAACUACGUAAGAUACGUUCGAGCUUUCGUAACUCGCAUUGGUAGGCAUGAUAAAAAAAAUUUCUUAGUUCAUUAUUAUACUGAAGGUAUAACUGCGAUAUCUGACAUUGAUUUUCAAGCAGUGACAGAUGGAACUUUGAAUUUCGCAGAUAGUGAAUAUGAAAAAUUUAUUGAUAUCAGGAUAUUUGACGAUAUGCAAGAGGAAAAAGACGAAACAUUCGUCAUACAAUUAUCAAAUCCUUCUCAAGAUAUUACAAUUGGGCCUAACAAUAAAGCGGUUGUAACGAUAAUGUGUGAUGAUAAUAUAUUGAAAAAUAUCAAAGACAUCAGCAAAUUGACCACCUAUUAUCUUGAUAAUAUGAUUCAUGGUGCGAAUAACUGGUAUGAGCAGAUUGUUGAAGCGACAAGUGUAAAUUCAGGCGAUACGGUUAAUGCUACAUUCCUGGAUUGUAUUUUGCAUGUUAUCGCUUUUCCUUGGAAGAUUAUAGUUGCUUUAAUACCCCCUCCAAUGAUUUGUGGUGGAUGGCUGUGCUUUUUCAUAGCCCUAAGUGAUUUUGCUAACAUUUUUGGAUGCAUGGUCGGCUUAAAGGAUACCGCAACAGCAAUCACUUUGGUCGCACUCGGCACUAGCCUUCCCGAUACAAUCGCUUCGAAGAUCGCUGCUGAAAAUGAUCGCACUGCAGAUAACGCAAUUGGUAAUAUAACUGGAUCUAAUUCAGUAAAUGUUUUUCUUGGCCUUGGACUUCCCUGGCUGAUUGCUUCAAUUUAUUGGUCAACGAAAAAUGAGAAUUUCGUGGUAAAUGCUGGAGAUUUAGGGUUUAGCGUCGCUUUGUUUACAAUUACAUCAGUUUUAUAUCAUUUGAUGUUAACUCUUCGUCGAAACAUCGCAUUCUUUGGCAAUGCUGAGCUUGGUGGUCCUAUUUGCCCAAAAUUGUUCUCGGCGUUUUUCAUAUUUUCUCUAUGGCUUGCUUAUAUCUUUUUAUCAAUCCUUAAAACAUAUGGUCGUGUCAUCGAUGUAUAA